UCCCACUCAUUUUAACCCACAACCCAAAAAAAUUUUAAAAAAUUAUAAACGAAAAAAGAAAAAAUGGAGUCCUCAAAAAUUUACUCCCUCUUCCUACUUUGCAUGCUUUUCCUCUCCACCGCCACACCCAUUUUCGGCUGCGGCGCCUGCGGCAACCCGCCACCCAAAAAGGUCAAACCCGGCUCCGGUUCCAAGUCCCCUAAAGGAGGCCCCAUUGGCCUUCCACCCAUUUCCCUCCCCCCCAUCGUUAAACCGCCCAUCGACCUCCCUCCCGUCGUAAAACCGCCAAUUUCCCUCCCCCCCAUCGUCAAACCGCCUGUCGACCUCCCACCCCUCCCUCCCGUUACCCUUCCUCCAGUCACCGUCCCUCCAGUUCUCACAAAGCCAUCUCCGGCGUCGAAGCCCUGCCCCCCUUCAGGGAAAGAGACCUGCCCAAUUGACACUCUGAAAUUGGGCGCAUGUGUGGAUCUUCUGGGCGGGCUGGUGCACAUUGGGCUAGGAGACCCUGCAGUGAACGAAUGCUGCCCGGUACUCUCAGGGCUGGCUGAGGUGGAAGCGGCGGUUUGCCUUUGCACUACCCUUAAAAUUAAGGCUCUUAGCCUUAACAUCUAUGUUCCCAUUGCCCUUCAGCUCCUUAUCAGCUGUGGGAAGACCCCUCCCCCUGGCUACACUUGCUCCCUUUAGAACAACAAAAACCAGGUCUGAUUGAUGGUAUCCAAAUGGAGUCGACAUGAGAGGAUGUCGAGUCAAAUCUUUGUCUCUUUUUUAUUUUAUUUUAUUUUAUUUUUAUUUUUGGAUUUAAUUUUAAUUUUCUGUAAUGGAAUUGCCGAUGUUGUAAACAAUUUAAUUUUAAAUUGUGAUCAUUGUUGUUAGGUUGUGUU